AUGUCGGGGAGGACGUUUGAGAGUGAUGGACUCAGCACCGGAGGAGGAUGGCUAUCCCACACACCGGAGGGAGUGGAGGAGGCGCAGGCCGCACAGGCCGCGCAGGUGGAUGUAGCUGAAGAGGAGCAGGGGACCGCCCGUAGCAAUGGAGGGGAGGAGGAGGGCGGAGCACACGAGCCCCAGAGAGAGGACCAGGCCGCAAACCAGUUAGGAGGAGAGCUUCUCCCUCUGAUGGGACAGAAAGUGCUCGAGGAAGUAAUCAGCAGAGUGAAACUCGCAAAGUAUUUCGCUAUCAGUGUGGACUCCACGCCAGAUAUCACACAUGUGGACCAGCUGACUUUCAUCCUGCGGUACGUAUCACCAGAGGGCUGUAUAGAAGAGCGCUUUGUGAAGUUCCUCCCUAUUGAAAGCCACACGGGAGAAGCACUGUUCAACUCAAUCAUUGGUGUUUUAGAGGAGAUGGGCAUUGACAUUAAUAACUGUAGAGGACAAUGUUAUGACAAUGCUAAUAAUAUGUCAGGAGCCUACAAAGGCGUGCAGGCCCGCAUCAAGCAGAUCAACUCAUUGGCACAGUGGGGUGUGAGUAUUGCACUUCAAGCAGUGGAAUUGGAUCUGUGCAAUGCUGUGGAUCUGGUUCGUUCAUUGCGUGAAUAUGUAGCAGGCCUCCGGGAUGAGUUUGAUAGCUUUGAGACAGCUGCAAGGAUCAUGUCCCCCAUUGUGUCUAAUGAGUACAAAGCAGACACCCAGCGAAAGAAAAAAAGAAAGAGACAGGCUGAUGAGUCAUCUGAGCCUGAGUGCGAGCUAUCAGGCCGCAAACGCUUUUAUUCUUUAUUCAGAUUGAGUGACUGCAGUUUGUCAGAGAUCAGCUGUUCUUCUCUGGGCUCAGCUCUGAAGUCCAACCCCUCCCAUCUGAGAGAGCUGGACCUGAGUAACAACAAGCUGAAGGAUUCAGGAGUGAAGCUGUGUGGUUUUCUGGAGAGUCCACACUGUAGACUGGAGACUCUGAGAUUGAGGCUCUGCAGUUUGUCAGAGAUCAGCUGUUGUUCUCUGGUCUCAGCUCUGAAGUCCAACCCCUCCCAUCUGAGAGAGCUGGACCUGAGUAACAACAACCUGAAGGAUUCAGGAGUGAAGCUGCUGUGUGGUUUUCUGGAGAGUCCACACUGUAGACUGGAGACUCUGAGAUUGAGGGACUGCUGGUUGUCAGAGAUCAGCUGUUCUUCUCUGGUCUCAGCUCUGAAGUCCAACCCCUCCCAUCUGAGAGAGCUGGACCUGAGUGGAAACGAGCUGAAGGAUUCAGGAGUGAAGCUGCUGUGUGGUUUUCUGGAGAGUCCACACUGUAGACUGGAGACUCUGAGAUUGUGUGGCUGCAGUUUGUCAGAGAUCAGCUGUUCUUCUCUGGUCUCAGCUCUGAAGUCCAACCCCUCCCAUCUGAGAGAGCUGGACCUGAGUUACAACGACAACCUGCAGGAUUCAGGAGUGAAGCUGCUGUGUGGUUUUCUGGAGAGUCCACACUGUAGACUGGAGACUCUGAGAUUGUGGGGCUGUUGGUUGUCAGAGAUCAGCUGUUCUUCUCUGGUCUCAGCUCUGAAGUCCAACCCCUCCCAUCUGAGAGAGGUGGACCUGAGUAACAACAACCUGAAGGAUUCAGGAGUGAAGCUGCUGUGUGGUUUUCUGGAGAGUCCACACUGUAGACUGGAGACUCUGAGAUUGAGGGGCUGCAGUUUGUCAGAGAUCAGCUGUUCUUCUCUGGUCUCAGCUCUGAAGUCCAACCCCUCCCAUCUGAGAGAGCUGGACCUGAGUAACAACAAGCUGAAGGAUUCAGGAGUGAAGCUGCUGUGUGGUUUUCUGGAGAGUCCACACUGUAGACUGGAGACUCUGAGAUUGUGGCACUGCAGUUUGUCAGAGAUCAGCUGUUCUUCUCUGGUCUCAGCUCUGAAGUCCAACCCCUCCCAUCUGAGAGAGCUGGACCUGAGUAAGAACAAUCUGAAGGAUUCAACAGUGAAGCUGCUGUGUGGUUUUCUGGAGAGUCCACACUGUAGACUGGAGACUCUGAGAUUGAGUGGCUGCAGUUUGUCAGAGAUCAGCUGUUCUUCUCUGGUCUCAGCUCUGAAGUCCAACCCCUCCCAUCUGAGAGAGCUGGAGCUGAGUUACAACAACCUGAAGGAUUCAGGAGUGAAGCUGCUGUGUGGUUUUCUGGAGAGUCCACACUGUAGACUGGAGACUCUGAGAUUUAGUUACUGCUGGUUGUCAGAGAUCAGCUGUUCUUCUCUGGGCUCAGCUCUGAAGUCCAACCCCUCCCAUCUGAGAGAGCUGGACCUGAAUCACAACAAUCUGAAGGAUUUAGGAGUGAAGCUGCUGUGUGGUUUUCUGGAGAGUCCACACUGUAGACUGGAGACUCUGAGAUUGAGUGGCUGCAGUUUGUCAGAGAUCAGCUGUUCUCUGGUCUCAGCUCUGAAGUCCAACCCCUCCCAUCUGAGAGAGCUGGACCUGAGUAACAACACUCUGCAGGAUUCAGGAGUGAAGCUGCUGUGUGGUUUUCUGGAGAGUCCACACUGUAGACUGGAGACUCUGAGAUUGAGGGACUGCAGGUUGUCAGAGAUCAGCUGUUCUUCUCUGGUCUCAGCUCUGAAGUCCAACCCCUCCCAUCUGAGAGAGCUGGACCUGAGUGACAACAACCUGAAGGAUUCAGGAGUGAAGCUGCUGUGUGGUUUUCUGGAGAGUCCACACUGUAGACUGGAGACUCUGAGAUUUAGUUACUGCUGGUUUUCAGAGAUCAGCUGUUCUUCUCUGGUCUCAGCUCUGAAGUCCAACCCCUCCCAUCUGAGAGAGCUGGACCUGAGUGACAACAAGCUGAAGGAUUCAGGAGUGAAGCUGCUGUGUGGUUUUCUGGAGAGUCCACACUGUAGACUGGAGACUCUGAGAUUGAGUGGCUGCAGGUUGUCAGAGAUCAGCUGUUCUUCUCUGGUCUCAGCUCUGAAGUCCAACCCCUCCCAUCUGAGAGAGCUGGACCUGAGUAACAACGACAACCUGCAGGAUUCAGGAGUGAAGCUGCUGUGUGGUUUUCUGGAGAGUCCACACUGUAGACUGGAGACUCUGAGAUUGAGUGGCUGCAGUUUGUCAGAGAUCAGCUGUUUUUCUCUGGUCUCAGCUCUGAAGUCCAACCCCUCCCAUCUGAGAGAGCUGGACCUGAGUGACAACAACCUGCAGGAUUCAGGAGUGAAGCUGCUAUGUGGUUUUCUGGAGAGUCCACACUGUAGACUGGAGACUCUGAGAUUGAGUGGCUGCAGUUUGUCAAAGAUCAGCUGUUCUUCUCUGCUCUCAGCUCUGAAGUCCAACCCCUCCCAUCUGAGAGAGCUGGACCUGAGUAACAACAAGCUGCAGGAUUCAGGAGUGAAGCUGCUGUGUGGUUUUCUGGAGAGUCCACACUGUAGACUGGAGACUCUGAGAUUGAGUCGCUGCAGUUUGUCAGAGAUCAGCUCUUAUUAUCUGGUCUCAGCUCUGAAGUCCAACCCCUCCCAUCUGAGAGAGCUGGACCUGUAUUACAACUACAUGGAGGAUUCAGGAGUGAAGCAGCUGUCUGAUCUUGUGGAGAGUCCACACUGUAGACUGCAGACUCUGAGAUGGAAGUGGUCUCAUUAACUGUGAGUGGUGAGGAAGGAGGUUGUGUUGGAGGAUCCGCUGUGUCCUGAUGAUCCAGAGAGGUUGAAGCAGCAGCAUCAGCUCUGACUGGGCCAUGUUACUGGGAGGUAGAGUGGAGAGGAGAGCUUCAUCCAGCAGUGACUGACAGAGGAAUCACAACCAGUGGAGACGACUCAGUGCUGCAGUCGGAACUGCUCCGAGAUCAGCUCCACUGUCACACUGUCUGACCUCCUCCACCUGGACUAUUACAUAUUCUGAACACAUUUAUGAGACAUUUAAUUAGAUAUUUCUGUUUCUGUCACAGCUCCACCUUGUGGAACGAUGGAGUGUUGCAGCUCAUUUACACAUUAAUAACUGUGGAAGUUCAUAUUUUAUGUAUAAAGUUGUAUUUCUGGAUGUUACCACCAAUACUAUCAGCUUCUGUUACGACCCAGUUCGAUUUGGAGAGCAGUAACAUACAAUUGAAAAAGGAAAAGAGAUGGAAUACAACAAUUGACAGGUUCAGGUUAAAAUCAGGUGUUUUAAUUAACUAAGGAGAGUGUGCUUGCACAAUGAAAUAUAACAAAAGAGAGGCAAUACAGGUGCUGACAAAUAACUAGUACACAAAAUGAAAAUGACUGGAUAAUACUGAAGAACAAAAAGAGAUCAGCACCCAUAAGCUUACAAACUAGUGAACAAAAACCAAACUAGCAAUUAUUGAGCAACUUAAAGGUCACAAAAGAUUACAAAGGCACUGGCUGAAUCCACUCAGAUAACAGCCAGGCAAUACUAGAAAGUACAGACACUCUAACACAAUGGUGUGCAACCAACAGCGAGGCGAACUGAUCACUAGUUCACAGCCGCCCUGAACUGUGGACACACAAGCUAUUUAAGUGCAGCUGGGGUUGAUUGAAGACUCCUGAUUGGUAGCUUCAGUGGAAUUGCAGCCACACCAAUCACUGAUGCCAGGGGACAGAAACCAGGAAGUAGGCGGUCUCUGCUCCAGAAGGACCAAUCCUCAACAGGGAAUCACAUGAAACACCAUAAUGAAUAUACACUAAAUGACAGCCAGUGGCUGCCGUAACACUUCUGAAAAUACAAUCAAUGAAUAUUUGCUUGUAAGAUAAAACCUGAAUCUGGAUUCAAUUAAAGCUUCACUUUAGUUUCUCA